AUUCAACCUUUGAACUAUUCCUUCCCUCUUUUCCACAACCUUUCUGCUUCCAACACGAACAAGCCAAGAUAUUCAGUGAGUCGAAGCCCAAGAGAGUCGAAGAACUCUCGCCACUUUCUGCUGCGCACUUAGUCAGGUACGAUUGGUGCGGGUUCAGUUUACAGCAGGUCUGAUUGGCGUUCGAUAGGGAGGGUCGCCCCAGUUUUAUGUGAGCGCGAAGAUUUUGUCGACGGACUGUGGCACACACACAGAGAGGUAAUGAACACCCGAGAGAAUGUGGCACGGAGAGAUUUUAUUGUGAUAGUAUAGUGUGAAGUCCCUAUGGAACAAACUUACAGAGGGCCAGCGAGUUCUGUUGUGUAGUGACGCCAAACCUUUUGUGUGCAUAGCACCAGCAUCCUCCCAACUGGUCUACAAGCUGUAGGCUUCGACAGACACAUAAUGUCCACGGAAAAACUGACACAGAAGGCUUUGGAACAGCACGAUAAGAUCCACCCAAAGCUACAGUCCACGAAAGUCAGGGCUUCAUCCCAAAGCAAAGAUGAGCGAACCAGCAUCAAAGGCCGCACUCGCCACGUCAGUCGAAGCGAGUCGAACAAGUCUUUGCUCAACGGAUACCACCCUCAUCACGAAGGAGGCGGAGGAGGUCCGAACCAAAACCCUCUGGAGCGCCAGGCAUCUAAAGCCUCUCUACCAAUCGGUGGUCAGCACCGAGCCGGAAUGUCCGUUUUCCGGGUCGUGGCUGCAGCCAGAGCGUGGAAGAAACUGUCCCAGAGGAAACCACUGGUUCCGGAAAAACCCAAAGUCAGAAUGGAAAACACGUACCGGCUGGGCCCCGAACCCGAACACACCUUUAAACCGGAUAAAGUGAAAGCCGUCAUCAAAGACGUGCUCAGUGGCUUUCUGAGAAACUUUAAGUACACACCAGAAGGGUCCAAACAGAUGUGUUUGACGAUUUCUUCGGAAAUUAAGCACCGUGUGAAGAGGAUGAAUUUUCCUAGGUACAAAAUAGUCUGCAAUGUUAUCAUUAUGCAAAAUAAAGGUCAAGGUUCGCAGGUUUCGAGUCGGAGUGUGUGGAAUGUCGCGACAGAUUCCUACGCGUCCCACACGUUCAGCACCAGUCAAGUGGUUUGUGUAGGAAAUGUUCACGCCAUCUAUUUCGAAUAAAGACACACGAACCAUAAGGGCAGCCAAAGAAACGCUCUCAUAAUGACCUUAUGCAGUUGCCAGCGCCGUGAACCUUUUACCAAAGUGAAGCUACAGCACAAAGAACACCAAGAACAGCAAAUCCGGCAACAAGAACAGCAAUCUCAACAGCAAGAACAAUAAGUGAAACCAAAGAGUCUUCAUAACAAGAGGGUCCACUCCUCUCUUUGAGCCAAUUAAAAAAGUGUCUUCAAAAUUUGGUGGCGCCCUCUUCGCA